ACCGCGUUCGUUCGUUUCCCUCCGCAUUUCGACGACGGACGAAAAGAAAAUGAACAACUUAUUACGCAACGUCUUUCUCAUCGGAUGUCUCCGUCACAACAAACCCGUGCUCUGAAAUUUAAUCGCACUUUUCGCAUUUUCUCGCUUGCCAAACAGUCACUGAGAAAGUGAGGGAAAAUCCGGCGAGAAAAUUUGGAAAGAUGGGGGUUCCGCAGGCAAUGGAGGCCCUCGAAGCGAGAGCUUCGUCUAUAAGAGACGCGCUGCACAAGAGCCAGACCAUCACCGACAACAUGGUCGCCAUUCUCGGCUCCUUCGACCACCGCCUCUCCGCCCUCGAAACCGCCAUGCGUCCCACUCAGAUUAGGACUCAUUCGAUUCGGAGGGCGCAUGAGAACAUUGAUAAGACAUUGAAGGCUGUAGAGGUUAUAUUGGGGCAAUUCGACCUCACACGAAAGGCAGAGGCUAAAAUACUGAGAGGGCCACAUGAGGAUUUGGAAAGCUAUUUGGAAGCAAUUGAUCAGCUGAGAAGCAUCAUUCAUUUCUUUAGUAGCCAUAAAAAUGUUAAGAGCAGUGAUGGGGUGCUUCACCAUGCCAAUAACUUGCUUUCGAAAGCCAUCUCGAAGCUCGAAGAUGAGUUUAGACAGCUCCUCACAAAUUACAGCAAGCCUGUGGAGCCUGAUCGUCUAUUUGAUUGUCUCCCUGACUCUCUACGACCAGAUCCAGCUGGACAGAAAAAUGAUGCUGGUGGAAAGGGUUCUGAACACCCAAACAAAAGUUUAAAACCUGUCAUUUACACACCACUAACGCUUAUUCCCCCAAGGGUUCUGCCAUUACUGCAUGAUUUAGCCCAACAAAUGGUUCUAGCUGGCCAUCAACAACAGCUAUUUAGGACCUACAGGGACACUCGUGCUUCUGUUUUGGAGCAGAGCUUGAGAAAACUAGGCGUGGAGAGACUUACUAAAGAUGAUGUCCAGAAAAUGCAGUGGGAGGUUUUAGAGGCUAAGAUUGGGAAUUGGAUACAUUACAUGCGAAUUGCUGUGAAGCUGCUGUUUUCCGGGGAAAAGAAAAUCUGUGAUCAAAUAUUUGAAGGUGCUGAGACACUUAAGGAUCCAUGUUUUGCUGAAGUUACUGCAAACAGUGUGGCUAUGCUCCUCAGUUUUGGGGAGGCUAUUGCCAGAAGCAAGAGGUCACCUGAAAAGUUAUUUGUUCUUUUAGACAUGUAUGAGAUAAUGAGGGACCUUCAGUCAGAGAUUGAGUUACUUUUUGGAAGUAAAGCUUGCAUGGAAAUGCGGGAAUCUGCAUUAAGUUUGACAAAGCGUCUAGCUCAAACAGCCCAGGAAACUUUUGGUGAUUUUGAAGAAGCUGUUGAAAAGGAUGCCACGAAAACUGCUGUUCUUGAUGGAACCGUCCAUCCUUUGACAAGCUACGUGAUAAACUAUGUAAAGUUUCUCUUCGAUUAUCAGUCUACACUGAAGCAACUUUUUCAAGAGUUUGAUGAAGGUGAGCCAGAGUCUCAGUUAUCAAAGGUUACUACAAGGAUUAUGCAGGCUCUUCAGAACAACCUGGAUGGAAAAUCUAAGCAGUAUAAAGAUCCUGCACUCACUCAGUUAUUUCUCAUGAACAACAUUCACUAUAUAGUGAGAUCCGUGCGGAGGUCAGAAGCAAAGGAUUUGUUGGGGGAUGACUGGGUGCAGAUACACCGAAGGAUCGUGCAGCAGCAUGCAAAUCAGUAUAAGAGGGUUUCUUGGGCAAAGAUUCUGCAGUGUCUUACCGUUCAGGGUGGAAAUCCAUCAGGUGGUGAUAGCAGUUCACUUUCAAGAGCAAUGGUGAAAGAUCGGUUCAAGACCUUCAACACGCAGUUUGAGGAGCUUCAUCAAAGGCAAUCUCAGUGGACAGUUCCUGACAGCGAAUUGCGAGAGUCUUUAAGGCUAGCUGUUGCUGAAAUCCUCUUGCCUGCUUACAGAUCAUUCAUCAAACGUUUCGGGCCUAUGGUCGAGAACGGAAAAAACCCGGGGAAGUAUAUAAAGCUACGUCCGGAGAAUAUUGAAUCAAUGCUGAAUGAAUUUUUUGAGAGUAAGACGUGGGGAGAACAGAAGCGAUAGGUAGUUGACAUGCCUGUUUUGAGAAAUGAGAAGUAGGGACUUAGCUUCCAGUGGUGGUCUUUGUACAACUUAAGAUGAGGUUAAAUAAUAAGCGAUGUUAUAUGCCCCAUGUAAAGCUUUCAAUUAAUCAUUCCAGUUCUUUUUACGUUUUGAUUUUCAGCUACCAAAUGAGAAAUAUGUAGGAAAUAUUCGUUUCUGUGCAAAUGUUGAAAGAAAACAUAAUAAGAGAUAAUUGCUAUUAGCACUUUUAAAUAAUUAUCUCGUACUUUUUAAAA